AUGAGGUUUGACACUUUGGAAGGUGCAAAGGAGCACUACAAUCCGUAUGCUCUGCAGCUUGGGUUUUCCAUCAAAAUGAAUACAAUAAGGAGAACUGGCGACACUCGUAUGUUGGUAAAGCAGCAAUUUGUUUGCAACAAGUUUCGAAAACCUACAGAGGACGAUGGAGGUGCAGAAAAGCCCCCUGUCCUAGACAAAAUUAUUGAUCAGGCAGAACAUGUUGACGAAGAUGAUGAUAUUGUCUUUCUUGAUGAUGAAAGUAAGUUAAAAAAGAAAAGCAAGAAACGAAAGCGAGAUAAAAUAAUUCAAACUGGUUGCAAGGCCAAGAUGGUGGUGAAACUAGUAGAUGGUCAUUGGGAGGUGGUGUACUAUGUUGGGCGUAUGAUGCAUAUUAUGUCAGACUUCUAUGGCACAGAGGUGAUCGUCCCCUAUGGUACUAAGCACAUUACAAACCUGAAGACAAUGUUAAACAAAGAUGCCACCAAAGAAGGAGAUAUGAUUGAGACAGUUGCCUACUUCAAAGAUCAACAAAAAGAUGAUCCAGACUUCUUUUAUAAGAUAAAGUACGAUGAGGAGGACAGGGUGGAGAACAUUUUCUGGGUUGACGGUGCAGCUAGGAAAGCUUAUGUCGAGGCUUACCACGAUUGCAUCUCGUUCGACGCGACAUACAUGACUAACAUGUACAACAUGCCCUUUGCCCCAUUUAUUGGAAUUAAUAGACACGGGCAGUCGUUCAUGUCGAGCUUUGAUUAG